AUGCUAAUGGAUAUCAAGAAUAAUGGCUCCUGGAUCCUGCGCAGCAUCCUUCAGAUUAGGCCUGAUGCGAAGAGGUUAACCCAGUGGGAUAGCUUGAAGAGAUCUGAGAAAUUCCGAUUGAACAAGGCCUACAUUGAAUUUUUGAAGGAGAUUCCCAAUGUGGUUUGGAGUGGUCUUGUUAGGAGUAAUAUUGCUAGGCCUCGUGCGGUGUUCUUGUUGUGGCUUGCUUGUCACAAACGGCUGCCUACUAAGGAUAGAUUGAUGAAGAUUGACAUCUUCCACCAGCCCAAUUGCAUAUUCUGUAAUUGUGCUGAAUCGGUUCAACACUUGUUUUUUGAAUGCAAUGUUACUAGUGUUGUUUGGGAGGGAGUCCUAAGGAGCAAGAAUUUGCGUGGUCAAUUCCUAAAGAUUGCCGUAGCGAAAACAAUUUAUGAGAUUGGGUGGAAUAGAAAUAGGAUUGUCUAUAAUAAAAACUAUACUAUUAGAAAUACGGUUAAUGUUAUUGUGGAUAAUAUAGUGAAUAGAGUGUGGGUAUUCCCUAAGUAUAGACAUAGAAUUGUCCAGAUUUUAUUGUCUUAA